AUGCAUCGUAUUCAUGAUUGGACCGUCGAUGUGGUGAACUUGUGGGGAAGCACUAUAGUAGAAAGACGAGCUUUUUUUGGGUGUUUCAGCGGACUAGUCACCUGUGAUCCUGAAAACAUCGAGUACAUACUCAAAACCAAAUUUUCCAACUUCCCCAAAGGAGAUGAUUUCAAAGAGACAUUAGACAUUUUUGGUGAUUCACUAAUCAUGGAUUCUCUAGUGUGGAAUAAUCACAGGAGGAUGACACGAAGAGUUCUCAUGUCUAAUCCAUCACGUAACGUUAUAGCUGAUACAAGCAAGAAGGUAGUGCAAGAUUCGCUCAUCCCUUUUCUAAGUCAUGUUGUUAAUAAAUCAUUAAUUAUCGACUUACAAGAUGUGUUCUUGAGGUAUACCUUUGAUACGUCUUUCAGUGUCCUAUUCGGUAGAAGCGCAAAUUAUCUUUCUACCAGUCUUCUUCCUAAUGAGCUUGCACAAGGUCUUGAUGAUGCUAUGGAGGCUUUGUUUUAUAGGAACGUGUUGCCAAACGCAUGCUGGAAAUUAUGUCGUCUACUGAUGAUUGGUAGCGAGAGAAAGAUGGAUGAGGUGUGGAAGACUACAGAUCGAUAUUUGGCAACGUAUAUCAAGGCCAAAAGAGAAGAUAUGAUUAAAGGGAUUGCGGAAACAAGUAGUGUAUUCGAAGGAGAUAUGAGCAACCUUAUACAAAAUGAGAAUGAUGAGGCAUUAAUACUAGAUGACAAACUUUUUAGAGAUAGUGCUCUGUCGUUUUUCAUCGGCGGAAAUGAUACAACAGGUACGGCUCUUACUUGGUUCUUUUGGUUGGUUGCAAAAAAUCCGAAUGUUGAAACAAAGAUUUUAGAAGAACUAAAGCUUAUUAUAUUCUCUAAGAAGAAUUUGACAGAGGAAGAUGACAGUCUGAAGAUGCCGUUGGUGUUUGCUAUUGAUGAUUUAAAAGAUGCUGUAUAUCUACACGCUACAAUAUGUGAAUCUCUAAGGUUAUAUCCUCCGAUUCCACAUAACCGAAGGACCGCUCUGAAAAAAGAUGUGCUUCCAGAUGGAACCAUAGUUGAUCCUGGGAUCAUGAUUGUGAUCUCCAUGUAUGCCGCUGGAAGGAUGGAGCAUGUGUGGGGCAAAGAUUGCUUGGAGUUCAAACCAGAGCGAUGGAUCAGUGAAAACGGGAAGCUAAACCAUGAAACCAUGUCUAAGUUUUUUGGGUUCAGUAUUGGUCCUAGGAGUUGCAUAGGUCAAGAAAUGGCUUUUGUGAUGAUGAAAUUAGCAGCUUCAGCCAUGAUAUUCAAUUUCCAGGUGGAGGUUUUGGUGGGUCAACUUGUCGAGCCCAAACCGUCAAUUGUACUUAAAAUGAAGAAUGGUUUGAUGGUUAGAGUUAAGGAAAGGGUUCUUCAUGUGUAA